CCCGCCGCGGGGCACGCCGGGACCGGUAGUGCCCGGGGGCCGCCGCCAUGUGCGCGGCCCUCCCCGCCGCCGGGGGCGGGGGGCGGGCGGUGGCCCGGCGGCUCGGCAGGGCCCGGGGGGCGGCCGGAGCGAGCCAGGUCCACAGCACAGCCAGCAUCCCGAGGCGCAGCAGGAGGAGGAAGAGCAUCGCCAUUGCCUACGACGCUGGGCAGGGGGAUGGUGUGGAGCAGGUGACGUCUGAGCCCCAGAGACCACGCUGGGAGCCGCAGGACUGGCGGCUGCAGCUGGAGCGCAUCCGGGAGAUGAGGAGGAACAGAGACGCUCCCGUUGAUGAGAUGGGAGUGGAGAAGUGUUAUGACAGCAGCGCACCUCCACAGGUUAUGCGCUACCAAGUUCUGCUGUCGCUGAUGCUUUCCAGCCAGACCAAGGACCAAGUAACAUCAGCCGCCAUGCUGCGCCUGAGGCAGCAUGGCCUCACGGUCGACACUAUUUUGCAGAUGGAUGAUGCGACGCUUGGGCAGAUCAUUUACCCUGUAGGAUUCUGGAGGAACAAGGUGAAGUACAUAAAGCAGACAACAGCCAUCCUGAAGCAGAAGUACGGGGGCGACAUACCGAGAACUGUGGAGGAGCUGGUCCAGCUGCCAGGAGUUGGGCCCAAAAUGGCCCACCUUGCCAUGAACAUUGCCUGGGACAGUGUGUCCGGGAUAGCUGUGGACACCCACGUGCACAGGAUCACAAACAGGCUGAAGUGGGUGAAGAAGGAGACCCGAUACCCCGAGGAAACUCGGGUAGCACUGGAGGACUGGCUGCCCAGGGAUCUUUGGAGGGAGAUAAACUGGCUCUUCGUGGGCUUCGGCCAGCAGACCUGCCUGCCUGUGAAUCCUCGCUGCAAUGAGUGCCUCAAUCAAGACAUUUGCCCAGCUGCUAAGACACGCUGAGGGAUCAUCCGGUCUUUGUAGAGCAACAAAGCUGCCUCGGCUCAGCAGCAGCCCAGAGCUGAGCCCUAGUAAAGCUGUGCUUUGCACGGGGCUGGCUGUGUGACUGCAGGGAAACAGGAGACUGCUGCAGCCAGCUCAGCAUCUCCGGGGAGGGAGCAGCCGCUGGCAAUGGCUGAGCUCGAGAGGAAAAAAGGGUCUUUCAAAGUGCAGCAGUCCUUAGCAGCACUGCUAAAGGCUCCAGCCCCCGUGUGAGGGCCUGAGCAUGUCCCGGCAGAGCAGCAGGCUGUGCCGCGUCAGGAUUAGCUGGAGAGAAAUGCUUUGUCUUAGGGGACUUGCUGCUGCUUGUAAAUACGCAUUUAAUAAAGGUGGUGGGGUUGGUUGUUUUUUUCCA